CCAACCAUGCGGUGCAGGCAGGCCCGCCGCCAAAAGCUCCCCCGCCCACAAAGCGCGAGCAAUCCACGUCCACGCGCAGCACCACCAGUCCACCACCGUCACCACCAAGCUGGUAGCGCAAAGGCGAUGGCGUCGCUCACCAUGAUGGCGUCCUUCGCCGCCGUGGCGGUGGCCGCGCCCUCGCGCCGCGGCAGCUUCGCCGUGGUCAGGGCCGCCAACAAGGCCGACCACCGCUGCCACCAGCAGGAGGAGCCCGCCAGCGCCAGGCUGGCGGCGGCGGCGGCGGCCGAGGAGCCCGCCGAGGGACGCCGCGCCGUCAUGCUCGCGGCGGCCGCGGCGGCCGUGGCGGCCAUCGGCGGCGCCGGCGCCGCCAUGGCGGACCCCAAGAAAGGGAGCCCCGAGGCGAAGAAGAAGUACGCGCCCAUCUGCGUCACCAUGCCCACCGCCAAGAUCUGCCACAACUGAUCGAGCACGCGCGCGCGCGUUGCAGGGCCGGCCGGGGGGGUGGUAUAUAAAUGUGUGUAUGUGUACGGUGUCGAUCGUACGUCUCUCUUGUUGAUUCGAGCUUUAAUUUAGAUGCAUGCCUGACGACGUGAGGCCGCUUAUUGCUUUGCUGGCGGUCUCGGAGCUGUAAGAAUAUAUCAAGUGCAAUGCAAAUUGAAUUCGGGUGAAUUGAAACCGUGCUUAUAUAUUUUAUCGUAA